AUGAAGUUCACUCUGUUCACCCAGGCUGUUCUAGCUAUCCCUAUGCUCAGUGGAGCUAUGGCCGCUCCUGCUGAGAGUGCAAAUGAGGUCAAGCGGGCUGCUUGUUCCUUUGAAGUCAAAUACGUUAAGAGCUGGGUCGAGAGUGGUCUUGACAGAUACCGCAUGCAGCUUAUCACCAACCCUCGCGAAGACCGGCUCCUCAAAGUCUACUGCGACCUGUACACUGGUACAGUCGGUUUUACCAUCAACGACCAAUGCUUCUGGGGAGACGAUUACUACCUGGAUUCAAGUGGUGCUCGAGGUUCUGCGGGCCACAAGGCAAUUCUCGAUGCUCACAACAAGGCUUGUGAUGACUUCGAGGUUGUCACCGGUUGCCGAACCAUCAGGCACUUCUAA